GUUGCCUCCGCGCGGCUCUGGCUCGGCGGCGGCUCCCGGAGCUCGCGGAGGGCAGCGGGCCGACCCUCGCCCGUGGCUGCCUGGAGCAGCCCAGCACUGGGACCGGGGAGGCAAGACGGCGGCGGCGGAGGCGGCGGGUUGUGCCCGGCCCCCCUCCUCUACGCCUCCAGCCCCCGGGCGACUGCGGACUCCUGGCAGCCCCCGGGCGGCGGCCGAGGCGGCCAAGCUGACGGCCGGGGAUGGCGAGAUAGCGGCGCGGGAGCGGCUCAUCCUGAAUCUGACCACCUAUCACCACCUCUGCUCUUGAAAACCUUAGCAGAGGGUCCUCACCACUGAUUAUUUCAUUUGGACUCUGGUUCCCCUGCCUCUCUUCUCCCCUAGAGUCUAUUCUUCAUGUAGCAGCUAGAGAAAUCUUCCCAAAGUGCAGAUCGGAUCAUGGAUCUCCACUGAUUAAAACACCCCAGUGGCUGCUGCUCAUCUCGACCUGUUAAUGCCCUUAUCCUUUUGAUGACCAAAGGCCCUCUGUGGCCUGGCCAGCCCACCUCCUCUCAGCCCCUCUUCCUGACCUUUGAACCUGAACUGACUACAUUGCACAGAUGACGGACAUUUCCUUAUGUUUGAAACGACCAUCCCGGAUGGGGGACAGUAAAAGAAUGAGGAUGACUUCAAAUUUCCAGUGGCUCUUAUUAACAGUUCUUCUUCUAUAUUUAAUGAAUCAAGUAAACAGCCAGAAAAAAAGGACUCCUCGUGAUUUGAAGUGUAUAACUAACAAUUUACAAGUGUGGGACUGUUCUUGGAGAGCACCCUCUGGAGCAGGCCAUGGUGCUGCUUAUGAAGUUUGCUUUGAAAACGGGUCCCAUUCUUGUCGUCGAUUGGAGAAAAAUAUUAAAAUCCCAGCUCUUUUACCUGGUGAUCACGAAAUAACAAUAAACGCUUUACAUGAUUUUGGAAGUUUUAUAAGUAAAUUCACACUAAAUGAAAAAAACGUUUCCUUAAUUCCAGAUGCUCCAGAGAUCUUGGAUUUGUCUGCUGAUUUCUCAACUUCUACAUUACACCUAAAGUGGAAUGACAAGGGUUCUGUUUUUCCACAUCACUCAAAUGUCAUCUGGGAAAUCAAAGUUCUACGUAAAAAGAAUAUGGAAAUCGUAAAAUUAGUGACCCACAACACAACUCUGAAUGGCAGAGAUACAAUUCAUCACUGGAGCUGGACCUCAGACAUGCCCUUGGAGUGCGCCACUCACUAUGUGGGAAUUAGAUGCUACCUUGACGAUCCUCAGUUCUCUGGUCGCAAAGAGUGGAGCGACUGGAGCCCACUGAAGAACAUCUCUUGGUCUCCUGAUUCUCAGACUGAGGUUUUUCCUCAAGACAGAGUGCUACUUGUAGGCUCAGAUAUAACAGUAUGUUGUGUGACUCAAGAAAAAGUGUUAUCAGCACAGAUUGGCAGUACAUAUUGUCCCCUUAUCCAUCUUGAUGGGAAAAAUGUUGCAAUCAAGAUCCGUAAUAUUUCUGCUUCCGAAAGUAGUGGAACAAAUGUGGUUUUCUCCGUAGAAGAUAACAUGUUUGGAACAGUUAUUUUUGCAGGAUAUCCACCUGAUAUUCCUCAAAAACUGAACUGUGAGACAUAUGACUUAAAAGAGAUUAUAUGCACUUGGAAUCCAGGAAGACCGACGUUCUUGGUGGGCCCACGCAAUACAAGUUACACUUUAUUUGAAAGUUUUUCAGGAAAAUAUGUUAGAUUUAAAAGAGUUGAGUUGCCCACAAAUGAAAGCUAUCAGUUGUUCUUUCAAAUGCUUCCAAAUCAAGAAAUAUACAAUUUUACGUUGAAUGCUCGAAAUCCUCUGGGUCAAUCAGAAUCAACACUUUUAGUUAACAUAACUGAAAAAGUUCAUCCCCAUAUUCCUACUUCAGUCAAAGUGAAGGAUAUCAGUUCAACAGCUGUUACACUUUCCUGGCAUUUACCAGGCAGCUUUGCAAAGAUUAAACUGUUGUGUCAAAUUGAAAUUAAUAAAACUAACUCAAUACAUGAAUUGCGGAAUGUCACAAUGACAGGAAUAGAAAAUUCAAGUUAUCUUGCUGCUGUGGAUAAGUUAAAUCCAUAUACCAUAUAUACUUUUCGGAUUCGUUGUUGUACUGACCCCUUCUGGAAAUGGAGCAAGUGGAGCAAUGAAAAACAAUAUCUAACCACCGAAGCCAUUCCUUCAAAGGGACCAGAUACUUGGAGAGAGUGGAGUUCUGACGGAAAAAAUUUAAUAAUAUAUUGGAAGCCUUUACCCAUUAAUGAAGCUAAUGGAAAAAUACUUUCCUAUAAUGUAUCAUGUUCGUCAGAGGAGGAAACACAAUCCCUUUCUGAAAUUCCUGAUCCUCAACAUAAGGCAGAAAUACAACUUGAUAAAAAUGACUACAUCAUCAGUGUGGUGGCAAAAAAUUCUGUGGGCUCAUCGCCACCUUCUAAAAUAGCUAGUAUGGAAAUUCCAAAUGAUGAUCUAAAAAUAGAGCAGGCUGUUGGAAUGGGAAACGGGAUUCUGCUCACUUGGAAUUAUGACCCCAACGUGACUUGUGACUAUGUAAUCAAAUGGUGUAACUCAUCUCGGUCCGAGCCCUGCCUCAUGGACUGGAAAAAAGUCCCUUCCAACAGCACUGAAACUGUAAUAGAAUCUGAUCAGUUUCGACCAGGUGUAAGAUAUAAUUUUUUCGUGUAUGGGUGCAGAAAUCAAGGAUAUCAAUUACUACGUUCUAUAAUUGGAUAUGUAGAAGAAUUAGCUCCAGUUGUUGCACCAAAUUUUACUGUUGAGGAUACAACUGCAGAUUCGAUAUUAGUGAAAUGGGAAGAAAUUCCUGUGGAAGAGCUUAGAGGCUUUUUAAGAGGGUAUUUAUUUUACUUUGAAAAAGGAGAGAGAGACACAUCUAAGAUGAGGGUUUUGGAAUCAGGUCGUUCUGACAUAAAGGUUAAGAAUAUUACCGACAUAUCCCAGAAGACACUGAGAAUUGCUGAUCUUCAAGGUAAAACAAGUUACCAUCUGGUCUUGCGAGCCUAUACAGAUGGAGGAAUGGGGCCAGAGAAGAGCAUGUUUGUGGUGACAAAGGAAAAUUCUGUGGGACUGAUUAUCGCCAUUCUCGUCCCAGUGGCAGUGGCUGUCAUUGUCGGAGUGGUAACGAGUAUCCUUUGCUAUCGGAAACGAGAAUGGAUUAAAGAAACCUUCUACCCUGAUAUUCCAAAUCCAGAAAAUUGUAAAGCUUUACAGUUUCAAAAGAGUGUCUGUGAGGGAAACAGCGCUCUUAAAACAUUGGAAAUGAAUCCUUGCACCCCAAAUAAUGUUGAGGUUCUGGAAACUCGAUCAACAGUUCCUAAAAUAGAAGAUACAGAAAUAAUUUCUCCAGUAGCUGAGCGUCCAGAAGAUAGCACUGAUGUGCAACCGGAAAACCAUGUGGUUGUAUCCUAUUGUCCACCGGUCAUUGAGGAAGAGAUAGUGAACCCAGGAGCGGAUGAAGCCGGAGGGGCCUCACAAGUCAUUUACAUUGACAUUCAGUCCAUGUACCAGCCUCAGGCAAAACCAGAGGAAGAACCCGAAAACGACCCUGUAGGGGGGACAGGCUAUAAGCCACAAAUGCACCUCCUCGUUACUUCUACUGUAGAAGAUCUGGCUGCAGAUGAUGAUUUAGACAAAACUGCAGGUUACAGACCUCAGGCAAAUGUAAAUACUUGGAACUUAGUAUCUCCAGACUCACCUAGGUCCACAGAUAGCAACAGUGAAAUUGUCUCUUUUGGAAGUCCAUGCUCCAUUAACUCCCGACAAUUUUUGAUUCCUCCUAAAGAUGAAGAUUCUCCUAAAUCUAAUGGAGGAGGCUGGUCCUUCACAAACUUUUUUCAGAACAAACCAAACGAUUAACAGUGUCUCCCUGUCACUUCAGUCUACCAUCUCAAUGAGCUCCUGUUGCCAGUGCUGUGUAAAGGAUACAUUUUCACAUCUCCUACAAGCCAGUUAACUUAUCAGCCAGUUUCAGAUCAAGCUUCCCUUGUGAGGAAUGGAGGAGAUUCUGGUGGUCAUUUUGACUGCAUUUCUCUUGUGAGUGGCCAUCUUAAAUAAACGAUAUUUAACCUAAAAGUAUUUUUGGAAGACUUAGCUAGGCUUUUGACAUUAGACAGACCUUGUAAGGUAUGUAUUGCAUGGAUUAGCAUCCGUAUACGAGUGAAGUCUUCAGUGUGCUGAACCUGUAGAUGCCUGGAUUUGACAUUGUGGCCUGAGUAUCUGGAUAGUUGAAUUGGGUGUUUAUGUGCUUAGGUGAUAGAGGUGCUUUGUUCCUGCAGCUUAGACACAGAGGCAGCCAUUCACAGAAAAGUUUCAGCCUCAUUUUCCAUACCAGCAUUGCCUUCAUGGUUCAUGUAUCUGAAGGAUUGCAUUUAGAACAUCUACUCGUCUUGCACUCUCAGAAGCUGUGGUAAAAGUCACAUUCUUAAACCUUCAUGCAACUUGUAUUCUUGUUGGAAAUUAGUCCUGUAAUUUCUUAAUUGUCUUCAUACCGUCCAUAUUUAAAGAACAUUACAGGCCUUUCUGUAUUUGAAAAUUAGAUGUAGUUUAGUGAAGGAGACUAGGGAACAUUUUCUUCCAAAAGGAAUUUGGAAUCAAUUUUAUGAUAGCUUGAAAUGAAAGUACUCCCUAACCUGUCAAUAUGCAGAAAAUGUUAUCUGAAAUUUUUCUACUGCUCAGGCACAUAACCAGAUAAAACUUUUUUUUUCUAUUUAAUUUUUACUGUUUUCUGUUUUAAACCAUGUUAAAAUUUGUGUAUCUUUUAUGAAAUGCCUUUUUAACUUUAUUUUGAAAGUAUAAAAUUGGGCAUCUCAGAAGUCAAAUGUAGGAUCAUUAGCUAAUCAAUGGAAGUUCAGUCAAUUUUUUUUGACUGAGUUCCAUCCCAGAAUGUGCAGAUUCAACAGUUUUCCUGAAAGGUGGUAUGUGUCAAGAUCUAGCUUGUGUAGAUCUGAGACCAUUGGCUUGAAGAUUCAAAUCUACUCUAGAAGUGACUCCGCAGUUUGAAAACUUGAGAAAGACUCAUGCAAAAGCAUCACUAGAUGUCUUAUUCCAACCUAAUUUUAAGUGUUCACAGUAUCUUUUUAUUUGAUGGGUACACAACGUGGGACAUGUUUGUACCAACCAAGUGUUUCUAGUAAAUCAACAACACAUUGAUCUGUGAGCUUAACUGACUAGGAAAAGCACUCAUUCUCCUGAUAAACUCUUUCUUCAAAGCAUUAUUUUAAACUGGUAUUUCCUGUUGAAACAACAUUUCAUGGUACCAUGCCCAUCUUUAUUUUUUAUAUCCAGAAGAAAAUCGUUCACAAAAGAAAAUAAGUUGUGACUAAACUUACAUGGAAAUGCAGCUUUUAGACAUGACCUUAGAGUACGAUUGUUAAUGGCUUGUUUUGAAUUUGGUCUAUUUAUACCUCCAUGGAUUAUGUACCAGGGCUAUUAAUAUUUAAACCUCUUAUUUCAAUAGGGUGGUGAGAUUUUUAUUCCUUUUCAGUUAGUACUUUUGUCUUAACUAUUUCAUGAUCAUAUUCAUGCUAAUUAUAAUACAAAGGAACUAUUUUUAAUGCUGAUAAUGGAUUAAAGAACAACAUUCUGUUCGUUGAAAUGUCAGGCUUUAUUGUUUAUGGUAAAAUUUCAGGGGAUGUGAUUUGAAUAUAUCCAAACCCUUAUAAUUAUGAUACUGAGUUGUGACAGGAUUCUGUUAAUUUUAACCAUGGGUAGCAUUUGUUUCUUCCUCUAUUAAGAAUGUUAAUAUUUUGGAUUAUACAUGUCCAUGUUAUCAAGAGAAUUUACCUGUGCAAGACAAAUUCUAACUGCAACAUUUUUAUGAAAAUGAAAAGUGAUGUUUUUAAGAGGGAAAACCCUCUGAAUUUUUUUUCCUAUGUGCAAGUGCCUAGUUGAAGAAACGUAGAAACAAUAAAUUCAAAAGUUCUUAAAUACUAACCAAAUUCAAAACAGUAAUAACUUAUAUGACUUUACUUUUUGGUUGCUAUAACUGAAUACCCUAAAAAUUGAGAGAUGUGAAUGGGGGAAAAAUAAUGAAUGUUUAAUUGAUAAGGAAUUGGUUUUUAUUACAUUUACAUAUAUCUCCUAAGAUUGCCUUUGCAGUAGCCAAUCAGAACUUUAAAACAAACAAAAAAACUAACAAUAUAGACCUUAUGCUGCACUUAAGCCAAAAAUACUUUGUAUACCUGAUUGAAUGGCUUACUUAAAUGUAUUGAAUUUCCUUAUACAUUUAAAAUGUACUUCCCUUAAGAAUUACUCCAUUUUAAAUGGGUAACUUUCAAUAUCUGAACUUAACUAUUUUUCCUCAGCAUUCCGGUGGUAUAUUAUAAAAGCUCGGAAGAUUUCUAGGUGGUAAUGCAAUUUUAAUUUAAAAACAUGGACAAGUUAACUGUUAGGUUUAACCUUAACAUUAGUAUUUUUGUAGUUGAUCGUAGAAAACAGUACUGAAUAAUGAUUUUCAUAAAUUAUUUUUUUCAAAUACUCUGUCCCCAGUUUGAUUUUCAAUACUUUUUCCCAUUAUUUAUGAUAUAUCCUUCAAUUUAAUUUUUUCCUUCCAACAUAAUGUUUCAGAAAAAUGUGAAUACGUUAUGAAUACAACACACAAAAAGAAACCCUAUUCCAUUCACUGUUGUGGAGGGGUAGGUAUUACAUGAUACCCUGGGAU